UUUGGGCUGCAUUCCCCAUCGGAGUCACUGGCUGGUUGGAUGAGUUUUGUUGCCUCUUGCAGCGUUGUCGGAUGGUUAACAUACUGGAUGCUAGGAGAGUGGACAGCCCGGGACGUUGGGAUACAGGAAUCUUUAGCUUCUGCUGCAGCUCACGGGAUUGCUGGUGACCUUGGAUCACCUGGGGGAAAUGAGCUGAGAUUCUCAGGUGUCCUCAUAACACCACCUUCGCAGCUGGCCCCCUCAUUGGCAGCCUCAAGUGGAGAGGCCAAGGGCUGAUUGGGCCAUGGAGACUGAACUCCUGUCUCACCCUUUGAACUGGACUCACCCUGUAAAGGUGGAGACACAUUGACUUGGCAGCAUGGGGGCAAGCUGGUCCUGCCACAGCGCAUAAGGUUGUUGAGGGCCUCUACCUGGGAAACAUCCGGGAUUCUGAGGACAGAGAAAAUUUGAUAAAGAACAGGGUCACCCACAUCCUGUCCGUGCAUAACAACGCCAGACCCCUUCUGGAGGAUAUGACCUACCUCUGUAUAUCAGUGUCAGAUUCCUCCAGUCAAAACCUGUCUUCAGAAUUCAGCCAUCAGUUCCUUGGCUUAGCGGCAGCAUCUGGGCCAGCGAAUAACAAGGAAACAUUUACAGUAAACACUGAUUUAGAAGAAGAAGAAACACAGAGGAUCCAGCAUUUUAAGGAGAGCAUCGGGUUCAUUCAUGAAUGCCGGCUCCAUGGGGGAGGCUGCCUCAUUCAUUGCCUGGCUGGUGUUUCCCGCAGCACCACCAUCCUGGUGGCUUACCUUAUGACUGUGACUGACCUCAGCUGGGAGGAGUGUCUGGCUGCCACCAGGGUUGUCCGUUCCUAUGUCAGUCCUAACUUUGGCUUCCAGCAGCAGCUGCAGGAGUACGAGAUGACUCUGCUCAAGGAGUACCGAGCCUGGGUUCGACAAGAGUAUGGCAAGAACCCAUUUAAUGACCAAGAAGAGCUACAGCGCUUAAUCACUGAGCAGGAAAAGAAACAGAGAGAACAGCAGCUUGGAAGCAGGGAGAAUCACUGGAUCAACUCCCCAACAUCCAAUUACCCGCUUCCCUACAAUGCCUAUGGUACCAGCAGCAACAGAUGGAUGAACAGAUAAAAAAGGACAGCUAAUUCCACAGAGCUGCUAUCACUGUUGGAUGAAAGUCUCUGCAUUCAUCUUUCAAUGAGAAUUGCUUUGAUGUUUAUGGCUAGGGUGGAGAGCAAACUGAAUGCCAACUUCCAAAACAUGCUAUGUCAAGUAAUGUUAUCUAGUGGUUAGAGCCGAAGAUUGCAAUCCGGACUCCUGGGUUCUACUUCCAUUUUUGCUACUGACUUAUAAUGUGAAUCCAGGCAAAUCACUUGAUCUCCCCUUGCAUCCGUGUAACCAUCUCUCAGGGGUGUCGAGUGGCUUCACUUAUUAACGUUUGUGAGGGUGUUUUGAGACCCCCCCGAUAAAAGAUCCUAUGGAAGCGAAUUUAUUAAUGUUACUGAAUUGGGUUGAACCUUUUCCUGUGAAACUUUUAGCACUAUUGCACACAUGGAGGGUGAGUUUUCUGCUUUGCAGAUGGAUCACGUUAUGAUCCACGCGUGUUUUGUUGUAGGGCUGCACUGGAAUGACGGGCAUGGUCUCAGUUACAGACAAAGAGCCAAAUUCACUGCAUGGGUAAUCAGGCAUCAAUCCACUGAAGUCAAGAGUUGCAGCUAUUUACUCCAUCAGUAGGUAUGGCCCGCAACUUGCUUUCAGGGUGUUUAGAAACCAACCAAGCACCAUCUUUCAGUAAGAGGACGUGUGAUAGCUUUUGAAACUCCUUCCUAGGAGCUCUUUCUGCCUGCUGGGACUUCAUCUCCUUGGUCUCUUGUUUUCCUAUUAUUACUGGUGUGAUAAAUCCCAUGAUCUCUUCAGUUGUUGGACGCUGAGGGCCAAUACAGGGCCAGGAUCUCUCAAAACAGAGACAGCUGCUGCUCAAUACCACUCUCCAUUUUACUCCAUGCACAGUACAGCAGAUAUACAGAUUUCACUCGCUGUCCUAGUCAUCAUCAGUUCAGAUUGACCUUACGCUACAGAUGUGCCUAUCAGAGCCUGAUGGGGCAUCUACCCAUCUCAGAAGAAGGAAGCUUGGACCGCAGAGAGCCAGUUAGGGGUUGGGGGAAGGACGCUGGAGUAUUUUCACAUCCACAGCGCUCUGAGGUCCAUAUCCUGCAAUGACAGAACAGUUGCAAUCACAUUGCUGUCACUUUCUUCAGCAAGCAGAGCCAUGCCUCUCACAAACAUGCCAUAGAGUCACAGAAACCGGAGAUGGAAAAGGCCCAUUAGCCCACCUUUUCCACUCCCCCAGCCUUUGCGAACGCGCAUUCCCUAAUGCUUGGUGAAGCCCUGUUUUAAAUGACUCAAGCAAAGGGCUUCCACUGCUUGCUUGGGGCUGGAUUGCACAAUCCCUUGGCUUCAAUAGGACUGCUCGUGUAAAUAAAUGCUCACCAGUAUGUGUAAAGGUUGCAUUACCCAUUGCCUUGGGGGUACCUUGCAGUCUGGAAACUUUUCCUCUUGUCCAGAUUACGUUUUCUUGUGACCUGUUUCCUCCUAUUCCUCCUCACUGGACCACCCCGAAGAAGUCCCUUGUUUCCUGGGUGUCUCCACCUUUCAAAUCCAUGGCUCAGAACCCCUUGGAAAAUUCAUGAUCUUGGGCUCCUCACCUGUGUCCGAUACAUGAACUGUACAAAAUCCUUUCUGAGCUGUGCUUUCUUUUAUAACUGUCAUUGUGAGGAUUUGAUCACAGAGGCCAACAUCAAAUCCAGUCUACAACAAAGGCUCCACACACAUUCUCAACUGGGGUAACUCGGUGUAGUUUCAUUAGCUUCUUACCCCAUCUCCCUCACAGUGUUUGUGUUGCUGUUGUUGAAUGUUUUGACAUUCAACAACAAUUCAACAAGGGAAGCUUGCAGUGCUGCAGGCUGUGCGGCUUUCAGGGUGUGGAUAAAUAGAGUGUGUAGAUGGCAGAAGCUGUCAGCCGAACUACUCAAUAUUCACAGAUUUUUUUUUUUUUUUUUUUACACACAGUUAGGGCCAGGUUCUCAUGUACACCAAGACCCCUUUGCACAGCUCUGGCAGUACAAAGGGGCUUUAAAAUGAAAAGAAAUGUAGUAAAGUGGGGGAGAUUUGAGUUGGUUCUCACCACUUUUACAUUGCCGAAGUGGUGUGAAGUGGUGGUUAGUGCAAAUGAGAACCAGGCCCAAUGCUAUUAAAAACUUUUAAAAAUCCAGGCGAGAACAAUGAUUGUAUUCAGACUUAGAGGACCUGAUCCUUCAGUCAAUAAUUCAGAAAGAUACUUAACGAGGUGACUAACUUUAAGCAACUGAGCAGUCCCACUGACUUAAAUCGACUACUCGUGUUUAAAGUUAGGUAUGGGGAAAAUACUUUGCUGAGUUGCAGAGUAUUCCUGAGUAAGGACUGCAGGAUCAGGAAUGAAGUACCCCUCAGUGUUUAUGAUCCUACAUAAGAUUAAGGGGAAAAUAGCAGGGACUAUUUUAUAGAAACCUUGCCCUAAAAUGUAACCAGCCCUUGUUUAUUAUUUGUUCUGUUUCAUUGCUAAAAAUACAGGCUACUAGUUUUAUGUAUUGACUUAAAACCCAGACAUAAUUUCCAUCCAUCCAUCCAUCUGUGCAAGAACAUAUAGGACCCUCACUAUUAUAGCAUCAGCAAUAUUUAAAACCUACAUGACUGAUUUUUGUCUUUCACUAAAAAAAUCCUGUAAAUAGCCUGCUUGGAUUCUCAAAAUUUUCUGUUAUCUGCUAUCCGCUUUUAGACAAAAAGUUGUUCAAAAUAUUUCUAAUAAUUCAGUUUAUGGUUGGUUCUGGAUGCUGGAAUGUUUUGAGUGUGACAAAACAGUGGAUGACUUGAGAGAUCUUUAACUGAACAUUAGAAUAAAAAUGAGAUUUAUUACACAUUCGGAAUCCCUGUUCUUGGUCUUUGCUUUGGCCUCAUUAAUUCCUGGCAUAACUUCAAUGAAAUCAGUGGAGUCUGGGUAUGAAUUGGGGGCCUGGGCACUAUUCCGCUGAUGUCAUGUCAUGCAUAUUUUUUCAGAGAACGACGAUCAACAUCAAAAUAAUUUUAUUUAAAAAGAGCCAGAUUGUUUUUUUUUUCUGAUACAAAUUAAGAUUCUGGAAAAGAAAUUGAUGGAGUUUUUCUUCCCCUUAAAGCAGGAAAAAGGCCUCUUAUCUUCUUGUCUUUUUCCAUCCGUUACUCUCUAGCAUUCAAAAUGGGAGCCUGAAAGCCAGCUGAAAACACUAAAAACAAAACCUGCAACAUACACUACCUGGGAAUGCGCCCUUAACAAUUAGCUAGAUAAACCAUCAUAAAUGCUCUUAAUCAAAUGGAUUGAGAGGAAGUCAAUCUCUUAGACAUUGCAUCUAGUAACUUGGGUAACAUUUUAGGAAGCAGACAAUGGAGCUUGUGUAUAGGAAAAGAGAAGAGAGUUGGUUUCUCUGGUAUUAAUAGGAAGUUAUAGUAGAUAUCUGAUAAGCAGAGAUUACAUGUGCAAUAGGUGUUACAAAGUCCCAUAGGCAAGCCUGAAACAAACUGCUAAACCAUUGCCAUGCUAGUCAUUUAUGUGUGGCUGUAUCACUGAGCUCUUUUGACAAAGGAAUGGUCAGAAGUUCCAAACUAUUACGAGUUGCAGAUUGUGCGAUUCAAAAUUCAUGUCUCCCUAGGCUUACCACCAGGUCUCAGAUUUGGCUUAAGGUCUCGAUGUCACAGGGUAUAAAUGAUAUCCAAGUGGGUAUCAUAUCAUGAAACAACUGUCUCACAUUUUAAAAAAAAACAAAACACUGUCACAUACAAGAGUCAAGGGCAGUACUUCUAACUCUCAACCUUUCCAGACUACUCUACCCCUUUCAGGAGUCUGAUUUGUCUUGCGAACCCCCAAGUUUCACCUCACUUAAAAACUACUUGCUUACAAAAUCAGACAUAAAAAAACAAAAGUGUCACAGUGCACUAUUGCUGAAAAAUAGCUUACUUUGUCAUUUUUACCAUGUUAUUAUAAAAUGAAUCAAUUGGAAUAUAAA